AUGGACCCUCCCCCUCUCCCUCCUCACCCCCAAUGCCAGUUCCGGAAUUGGCUGGAGCUUCCCCCGGACGUGACGGCGUCGAUUCUCCUGCGGCUUGGCGCCAUCGAGAUCCUGACUAGCGCGCAGAAGGUUUGCUUGCUCUGGCGCAACCUCUGUAAGGACCCGUCCAUGUGGCGUAAAAUCGACAUGCACAACCUCGGCGACCUCUGGGAUAUGCCCUACGACCUCGUGACGAUGUGCCGUCACGCCGUCGAUCGUAGCUGCGGCCAGUUGGUCGAUAUCAACGUCGAGUACUUUGGCACGGACGAGCUUCUCCACUACAUUGCCGAGAGUUCAAGUCAGGUCAGACGUCUUCGACUCGUAUGUUGCUAUAACAUUUCAGGCGAGGGAUUGAGUAAAGUGGCUGCAAAACUUCCAUUGUUGGAGGACCUUGAGAUUUCGUACGGUUCGUUGUCAAAAGAAUCUCUGGAAGCUGUGGGCCAAUGUUGUCCUCUCUUGAAGUCACUCAAAUUCAAUAGCCAGGGCUACAGAAGACCUCACAUAGAGUGUGAUGAGGAGGCAAUUGCUAUUGCAGAGAACAUGACUGAAUUACGCCACCUCCAGCUUUUUGGAAAUAAGUUGACUAAUGAUGGCUUGAAGGCAAUACUUGAUAGUUGUCAUCACCUUGAGUCGCUUGACCUACGGCAAUGUUUCAAUGUCACUCUAACUGGGAAUUUGGGAAGAAGAUGUGCAGAGCGGAUCAAAGAUUUGCGAUCUCCCUGUGAUUCCACCAAUGACUAUGAAUUCAAUGCUGAACUUGAUAAUACUGGAUCUUUUGAUGACGACUACGCCUCUGGGUUCUCGGACAUUGAUUACUUUUCUGAUGAGUAUGGGCCGUAUUGUGAAUUCUCCGACAGCGAUGACCCCGACUAUGGUGAUUUUGAUGACUUCCGAGAAUUUUACAUCUAUUAGCCUUUUGUGGGUGCGAGUAAGUAA